UUUCAGAUGAGAAAAAUUUCUCAGAGGAGACAGAUAGAAAAAAAUGUGUUUACAUGUUUAAGCAGUUAUGUGGCAACCUAAUAUGUUACUGUUUGAUAGUCUCAAAGUUUUAUCACUCAUGUGUGGAAGUGAAAUUUAAGGCUUGAUUAAAGAAAAUGAUGAUUUACAGAGUAGAUAUCUUGUAAACAUUGCAUAGACAGGUUCAACUUCUAAUCAACAGACAUGAAUCAGUCAGUGGAAAGUGCCACUGAUGUGGAUAAUGACAUCAUCGAAAUUAUACCGAUGGAGGAGUAUGAUAGUAACAAGGCAAAGCUUCAGUGCUCUGUUUCAUGGAUUCUUGACAAAGCAUAUAGAGAACAAAUACCAAAGGACCUGAAGGACCCCUUCUAUGAAACUCAGGAUGGUGCAUUGCAUGUUAAACCUCAGUUGCUGAACCUGAUGGUUUCCAGUGAAAUUUAUUGUCAAGCCUGCAACAACAUGUUUGGAGAUUCUUCCUUACAAUGGCAAGGGACAUCAGGUCAUUCAACCAUAAUACAGGUGAUGUCCAGGAAAGGAAUCUAUGUUGUUGAUGCGAGUGAUAAUGCUGUUACAGAAUCUGUGUUGAUUAAAUCUGCUCCCUUUGAUGUGGGUGCCCACAUAGCCUUGAUAGAUGCCUUGAUGCUGGCUUAUAUCAGGCAGACAGUGUCCAUUGAGAAGAUUGUUCAGGCAGUGAGGAAGUUUGCCACGUUUAACGCCUCCAGCGAGCUACCCUCCAGUGUAGAAGACGCUCUCUUGUUCUGGAUCAACAAAGUCUGUGUAGCUGUACAGCUCAGUAUUAACAAGGAAGACAACCAGGUGUUAGAAGGAGAGACAAAUCAAAAGGUGAGGAUAGUAAGUAAAACAGGGAUGAGUAUGAGGGAUUCGGUGAAUAUUCCCCUGAUAGAGGAUCUGUCUCAGGACAUCGGGGAUGGCUGCUCUCUGGCUGUCCUGAUAAGCUUCUACUGCCCCUCAGCACUUAAUCGACAAGAUAUCUGUUUGAAGUCAAAUGUUGGCAUAGCUGAUUCUCUGUACAACUUGAGGCUGGUGAAGGAAUUCUGUGAUAACUAUAUCCCAGGAAAAGUUUUUCAUCUCACUUACGAAGACUUUCUAUACAUGCACAACAAUCUGCGAGGGAAUGUGGAAGUAUUCCUGGCAGAGCUGUUUUACUGGUUUGAACUUCAGAAACUGGACUGUGUGCAAGACGAAUCGGGUUCUCGUCCCACCACUGCUAAGAAACUGACCAGUAAUGCCAUUCCAAACCUGCCCCCAAUUAGUAAUGUCACCAAACAGAGCUUUCAUAAGACAUCUGUAGAUGAUGCUGGGGUCCCCCGUAAUGUGAUGCAGAUGGCUCCAAGACAACCUCUGUUACACAAACGCCAGCAGGAAUCUAUCCAUGAACCUUCUGUCAGCCAAAAAGGUCAAGGGACUGAUCGACCAAGACCCAAGUCAGCAGUGACAGUCAGUGAUAGGAAUGUGGUACAUCAGUCUGUGUUAGCCUGGCAGGAGGACAGUCAAAAUGUUCAUAAAAGCCUGAUGAUUAAGUCUUACACAGAGGCUAAAUCGUCAGAUUUAAUGAAGCAGAGUGGUGGGAGUAACUUGUUGGCCAAUGUUAGUAUUGACUCUGAGUUAAUGGAAAGCUUUACUGAUGACCAGCUGGGAAGCCUCGACAUGGACCUAAGUGACACACCCCCUCCUACACUUCCAUCCAAUGAGGAGGCUAGAAACUUGGCAUCUAAUUUGCAUGAUCCAAGUCAUCCAGAUUAUAUGGAAGUACAAAGUGUUACUUCAGGAACUGUGACAAAUAGAACAAUUCAUCAUGAAGAACUAAGGCCAGACAGUGAAGUUAGCUUACCUCAGAAACCACCAAAUCAUCAAGAUUUGUUGAACGAAUUUAGUGCUCAAGUUGAUCCUAGAAUCAACAGACAAAGUAAGGAUCAACAAUAUGAACCCCUUUUACCAGCAAAACUAAAACCUUGUAAAGAAGCAAUAAAUAACCAUAGCAAAGAACAGGAGAGAGGGGAACAGGCUUUAUUUACCAAAUCUGUGAAGUCCAGAGAAAUGGACGUGGGGUCUUCCAGUGUGUUGAGUGAACAGAGUGACAGCAGUAGUUCAGUACCGGUCACUCCUCUCCCAGACGACCAACUCUCGGAUCAGGAUGUGCCCAAACAACCACGGUACACUGCAUUUACAGUUAACGCAGAACUGUCACAAGACAUGGAAUCUCCCCGCAGAAGUGUGUUAUCUACAGCACGGAGCCAAGGUGGUACAGCGGAUUCAGUCAAAGGGAGCUAUACAGUGUCCAAUGAAGCCACCUCAGAAUCCGCCAGGGCUGCCGGUAUCCCAGUGGUGGGUGAAAGUGGAGAGCAGUCGUGGAGGCGAUGGGGCUCCAGAGAGGGAAGUGUGGCCAGUAGUAGAAGCUCUGGUGACAACUCCGAUCAUGAGUCUCACAAAAUUCAUUACGACCAGAAGGGGAGUGAGAACAAGGACAAAAUUAGGGAAGUAUCACCACCAAAGUCAUUUACACGAUUUGGAUCCAAAGACAAUACAGUGUUUCAAAAGCCCAAAAUGAUUGUGAGGAAUAAAACUACAAUAUCACCUAAAAAGGAGACUUCUAAGCAUAUGACAACUAAUUUUGCUGAAAUAAAAAGAAUGAAAAAUGUACAAGGGAAUGUGGACAAUUCUGGAAUGGUUUAUAUGCAGCAUGGGCAUGAAGUGAAUAAUAAAGUGAUGCAAGGCUCAACCACCCAAAUUAAUAAUAGAAACAACCAAAAUACAACAUCUCCUAGCAGGACAACAUGGCAGCAGACCAGCACUCUGAAAUCACCGGAUGAAACUACAAGUGAUUCUUCUGAAAGCAGUGAUAAUCGCCCAGUGUUAUCAGAACUGACAGAAAUCAGGCUCAAGUUGGAAGAAAAAAGGAAACAGAUUGAGAGGAAGAAAAACAGGAUGGAAAUUCAACAGCAGAAGCAACGACAGAAGUUGGGAAAAACAGCUUUUCUCCAUGUUGUGGCUAAACCCACGGAGGAGGAAGAAGUGUCAGAUGGACACAGUUCACAUGGAAGUGAGGCCUCUUUACCUGGAAGUGAGGAGGCUUCGAGUUCCACAUCAGACAAGGACCGGCGAACGUCUCUCACUGAUGGGAAAACGUCUGGAGCACCCCAAGGCAACAGGGCAUUCUCAAGGGAAGGAAUUCAGCAAACGAUAGAAAAUGUGAGGAAGAAGUGGUUUCAAGACGAGAAGGAUGAGAGAAUUCCACAGUCUGAAAUCAAAGUUGAAGAGACUGUGAGUAGGAGAGAGAGUAGUCCUCAAAAUGGAGAAGUUUGUGCUUCUGCUGUACAAGAAAGAAGGGAAACUCUGCCUCCAAAACAACCAAUUCCAGUGGAGCAGAAGAUGACCAAACCAGAAAAGAAAAUUCCAGAAACUUCAGAAUUAGAUGAUUCCUCUGUGUACAACCAGAAGUUAGAGAAACUGGAUCAUGAUCUUAAUGACUUGAAAGGAGAAAUACUAAGGAUGUCACUUGAGCAGGAACAGUUUAAUGGAAAUCCAGUUGUCACUUCAAUAGCAUCCAGACCUUCAGCUGCUCAAUCCAGAUAUGCAAUGGAUACCCCUGAAAGGAAAUUACAAGGAAAAGCAUUCCAAACUCCAGACCUUGCUUCUACAAAGCAUAUGGAUAUAAACACUCCAGAGAGACUUCAGUAUGGAACACCAGUAGUCUGUUGUCCAGCUGGCCAUACGGGCCCUAUAGACCCCAGUCUACCCACCCCAGAGAGAGCAUUGAUGGGAGGAGGAGUAGCUCAGUACCCCCAGGGACUCCCUCCCCAGAUGCCUGUAACACAACCAUUUCAGCCCCAAGUCCUGCCUCACUCUUCACCCUACACUGGACAAAGUCAGUUCAGUCCUAUGCCACAUACACAUGUGCCAUAUAGUGGUUUACAUACUCAUGGCACCAUGCCAUUCCCUCAACCCCAGUUUCCUCCCACCCCUCCCCAAGUCUACCAACAAUCCCCUCCCUAUGGGGUAAAUCCCAAUUUGGUGUCUCCUCAUGGCCAUUACGGAAUGCAGGGGAUGUACAACAUGACCCCUCAACAGUUCCCUCCCCAUUCUCACAUCACGUCCUUGUCACCUGCUCAUCCUCCUGUCUCAUACAUGAAUUCCCCCAAUCACACAGGAGCUCAAGUCUUUCAACCUAAUGUAGAUAAUAAUACCAUCCCACCUGUGCUAUCUGUAUCCCAGGCAGAGAAGCCAGCUACUUCUAGUGCUUUCAAUUACAGUGGUCUCAGUGAUAAAGUGGAAACUCCUGACAAGCAAAAUAUAAGUGUACAAAACGCAGCUCAGAACAAAAAUGAUCUACAAAGUGACACUUCUGCUGAUCAGAAUGGGUUUUUUGUAUCCUUUGGAAGUGAAUCUCCAAAAACUAAACCGAAACUUUCUAGUGCUAACAUUCAAAGGGCAGUAACUCCAGAACCAGCUAGUCAACCAAACCAAACACACCAGUCACCUCCAAUGAACCAGUCUAGUCAGUCCGGUAACCUUGACGUGUCAGUCACGCCAGGGAACACUUCUGUCAAUUCCCAGAUGGACAACUCUCAACAUGAUUCCUCCGGUAUUGGCUUUGUUGUUGGAGAAGGCCAGGAAAAUCUUACAAAGUCCAUGGAAGAAGAACUGAAUAGGAAGAAAGAAAAAUUCAUACAAAUGCAGAUCAAACGCAAAGAGGAACAAGACAAAAAACGUCAAUACAAAGAAAUGGAAAUGGCGCGUCGCAAAGAACAAGAGAGAAUUAAACAAGAAGAAGCAGAGAGAAGGAAAGCCAGUGAAAAGGCGCGGAGGGAGGAAAUAUUCCGUCAAUAUCAGGACAAAAAGCACCAGGAAGAGGAUGACUACGCACCGCCCGUCCGCAGGAACAGGUCUAAGACGCGAGAAAAGCAGCGGCCAAAGUCCAUGUUUGUCAAGGGGGAGCCCCAGUCGGGAUCAGUGGAAGGUUUGCUCUCCAAUAGUUCUCAAGAGGAUCUGUCUUCUCAAGCUUUCACUAUCAGUCCUGGUCACACAGGCUCUUCGGGUGUCGGUCCUAGAAAACCCCCAAGCUUAGCACCACGCCCAGGAAAAAUACGAAAAGCAGCAUCAUGUAACACCCUGACCAGCUCCACAGAAGGCAGACUGACCUAUAGGAGACCACCAUCACCUGAUCUUGGUCGCUUGAAGGGAAAAGGCAGAGGAAGUACAGAGAGCAGUGAAUCAGGAUCAGAUUAUGCAGGUCCUAAACUGUUUGUCAAGCCAAGCUCCAAGUCAAACCGUCACAUCAUCAUUAAUGCCAUCAGUCAGUGUGUGUUAGCGGGGCCUGUCAACGCGGACCAGAAAAACAAAGUUCUGGAGGUCCUGGCCAAGUCAGAUGCCAAGCACUUCCUGAUCCUGUUCAGAGACCACUCCUGUCAGUUCCGCGGACUUUACAGCUUUGAUCCGGAUACGGAGGAUUCCCUCAAAAUCCACGGAAUAGGUCCCAAACAAAUCACCAGCAAAAUGAUAGAGAGAUUUUACAAGUAUAAUUCAGGAGGCAAAAGCUUCAGUGAGGUGACUUCCACCAAACACUUGUCUGUGUCCAUAGAUGCUAUAGUUAUACACAAUGCCUUGUGGAAGACAUCGUCCAAACCCCCUCACAAAAAGUGAAGCCCAUCAAUAAUGGAUGGAAAAUUCCAAUGCCUUCAGACUGUGUAAUGGGAAAUUCAAUUGCUUCAGGCCAUUAGCUGCUGUCCCCAAAAUAUUUCCGUGAUCCCCAGAGCUAGACAUAUACCAGGUAGUACUGUCAAGAUAUGUGACUUUCAAAGAAGAGUUUUGACUGUGGUCGGCCAUAUUUUUAUGUUGCAGAGGCUGGAUUACUAGACUUGUACAAUUGUAAUCAUCAUACUCUGAAAUAUAAAGCUCAUACAUUUACUCAUUUUCUGUCUCAUUUGCAUGUGCUCUUUCUACAUACUCAGUUUUCAGGAAUAUUAAUAAUUUUGCUUAUCCUUUCUAACAAAAUGUAAACAUGUAUUUUUGCUUCUUGUAUAACAUCAAAUAUUGCCAUUCCAACAAAUCUUGUGUGUAUUACUUAGAAGCUUGUAUAUAGACCUUGAAGCUGACUUUCUCCUCUCAGAAAAAUAAAUUUAAUCAAGACAUUCCCAAAUAGCCUUUUAAAGUGCUUUUCCAUAUGCUUGUAGUGAUUAUACAUGUACAAUUAAUUUCUUGCAAUUUUAUUAAUUUUAUAAAGUUACUUUAUGAUGUGUCUAAAUUUGAAUUUCAUAUAACUAAGACUUUAAAGUCCUCUUCUUACGUCCAUGUUAUAUCAAUGGUAUGCAUCAUUUACAUGUGUAUUUACCAAAGUUGCUAGUAUCAACACGGAUAAAUACAGUAUGUAGUAAUUUGAUGCAACUUGUAAUUUAGAGUUAUGCAGAUGAAAGCAAAGGAAAUUAUUUUGAAUACUACUAUGAUUAAUUAAGAAUGAAGUGGUUUCUCCUUAUUUUUCAAAGUGAGCUAUUCAUAGUAAUGGGUCAGUUCCUCUGUUUGUAAAUGUUAAUUGUGUCAUUCAUCUGUGAUAUUUUUCUUGCCAUUUUCAAUGAUCAACCUGCUAUAUUUCAAAUUUAAAUUGCAGAAAAUUUGAUAAAAAUUUAAUAUUUAUGUAGAUCUAGUUGAAUCAAUGUACCUGCAAAAAAAUUCAAUUAAGGGUGCGACAAAGUAAUACAUGUAGUAGAAAAUGUUUAAGACAUAAGAAUUGGCAAUAUUAAAAAUCUUAAAUUUAAGUCGGGAUUUUUUAUGCAUAAGUCUUUUUUUUGAAAGAUAGUGCCUUUUAAUAAACUGUUGCAUUUGCUUUGUGAAGGAUUCAUAGCAUUGUGAUUUUUUUUUUUGGUUCAGAUUUUUGUUAUGCAUACCACAUAUCAUUUUGCAUAAUUUAAUGAAAAUCUCGCACUUGAAGUUUUCAUUUUGACAGUCUUAUUUAUUUUGAUUUCUAUUUAGUAUAUGCAUUAUACUUGUAUUUUGCUUUCAAUUGAUUGUAUGAAAAUAACCUAAAAUGAGGCAAAAGAAGAUACACAUCCUAACUUUUACAAAUUGUACAAAUGAUCUUUACAGAAUCAACAUUGAAUACAUGUAAUAAGAUUAUUGUGUUCUAAAUGUACAUUGUAUAUUUAACAUAUUUUAUCGAUUUUUUCUUUAUCAAUUAAUUUUCACUGUAUGUACAUUGUACUUAAUAAAUUGAUACAUUUCUGUCAUAUCACUGCUUAUAAUGGCAAGUUCUAUUUUCUGGGUUGUGAUUAUUAAAUUUAAUUUUUUUUGUGUUCAGCUUGGAUUAUUUUCUACAUAUUUUGACCCCCAUGUGCUUUAUUUUGUUGCUAUGGAAACUGGUUGUGUUUAAAAGGUGAUUCAAAUGCAAAUUUAUGUACCUGCAAGAUAUUAUUUAUAUUUCAUAAAUAUUUAAUUCAGUAUUUGAGUUUUCAUUGGUAAGAAUUUUACAUUAAUUUUGUUCAUGUUGCAUGUAGACAUUUAAUAUUGAUGUUGAAUUAAAGACAAAGAUGUAAUUCUGGGUCAGAUUUUAUUACAUGCAAUUAAACAUGGAUAGACAUACAAUGUAUCCAUUAUUAUAAAUUGUAACAUACAUGUACAUGUAUAUUCAAUAUGAAUUCUAAAAUUUAUUUCAAUACUUCAUUUAUCUUAAGAAACAUUUGAUUUGUAUAAGAUAAUUGGUGCACUGUGGCUGUAUUCAUAUAUGUAAAAAAAACUUCUCUUUGCAUUUUUUGAUUAGCAUACUUGAUUCUGAUUGAAUAAGGCUGAACUAAACUUAAGAUGGGUAAACCAACCAGUGUGAAUAGAAUUCAUUGACCUGUAGGUGGCUAAUAAACAGUCAUGAAGAUACUGUAUUUCAUUGCAAAAUGUUACCUAUAAAUAUAAAACUUAGAUCAAAACUAAACAUGCUAGAACAGAUGCUUUUCAAUGUCAGUAUCUCCAAAUAUGCCAACCUAACACAAUUUUCUGGCUUAAGUCACAUGGCUUGAGGUGUGCAAAUAACAAUCCAUUGUUAGCCAUCAAUUUUAGUGUUAGUGAUCAUCCUUAGUGUUAUCUGGAUGUGCCAGAUAAUCAGAAUCAAGUAUGCUCUUGGCUUGAUUCUGCGGCUUUGGUAGAAUUAUCAAGCUCUCUGUAAUAAAAAUAAACCUGUGAUGUAGAUGCUAGGAUCUCAGUAAUAUGUACGAGUUUAUAAAGAAUGCUGUUCCUGGAAAGAAAUUCAAAGUGCUUUUUACCCAUUGUAAGGGAGGUAAUAUAGUGUGUAGCACAGAAAGAAGGAUUUUUUUUUAUAUCUGUGACUAAGAGAGAUCUUUUUUUGUAACUGUGCAGCUUUAUCUGUAGGUUGAAUUUUUUUUUAUUGUUAUAUAUUUAUUUGUAAAAGUAAAGAAUUAAUAAUGCA